UCAGCGCUCUGCGGCCCCCGCCCGCGGGAGGACGCCCCGGGAGCCCCGGGAGCCCCGAGGAGGCGGGCGGAGGCGGGCAAACGGCGGCACCGGGCCGCCCGCAGCUCUGGGACGUGUGUGCGCAGGAGAAGCGGCGGCUGCAGGAGGAGAUCGGCGCUGCGCGUCGCGAGCUGGAGGAAGAGAAACUCCGCGUGGAGCGGCUCAAGAGGAAAUCUCUCCGAGAACGUUGGCUCAUGGAUGGGGCGGCUGAAGGGCCAGAGCGGCCGGAGGACCUGGCCUCCAAGGACCCACAGUCGCCUGAGGGACAGGCCCAGGCUCGAAUUCGUAACCUGGAAGACAGCUUGUUUUCACUCCAGUCACAGCUGCAGUUGUUGCAAAGUGCGUCCACAGGUGCCCAACACAGACCUGCUGGCAGGCCCUCCUGGCGCAGAGAGGGGCCCCGCCCUCUCUCUCAGCCCACCAUGGAGGCAUGUCCUGCAGGCCUCACUGAUGUGGACAAGAGAACUUCCCUGCCAGCUGGUCCAGUGGGCAUGUCCCCUGAGUCCCCCUCUGAUCCCAGGAAGGAGCUCAUUGAGGUUCUGCCAGCCUUGAGGCCAUCCCCUGAGGCCACAGAGGCCUCUCCAGAAGCCAACGGCCCCUGCCCCGAGCAUAGCCCCCUCCCAGAGCAGCUGAGCCUAGGGGCAGCGAGUGUCACUAAGGCCAAAGGAGAUGGGGUGGUAGAGGUGGACUGGGCUGGGCUUCGGGCCACUGAGAACAGUGCCACAGACCCCACGGGCAUGGAGCUGGAGGCUAAGGUGGAAGAGGUGGUCCUCGAGGCCAUCGGGGCUAGGCAGGGCACCAGCAGCCCUGAGCUCCCCACUUGGGUGAAGGAGAGCAGGGGUGUGGUGGAAGUGGUCUGGGAGGGGCUGGGAGGCAGUGAUCCUGAUGUCACAGGGGAGUCAGGCAGGAAUGCAGAGGCCACACAAAUCAGUUCCCCAAGGCUCCAGGAGCAGGUUGAGGCAGAAAUUUCCAGGAAAGAGGAAGGUGCUUCUAGAGAUAGUCCUGAGGGUGCUGGGCAGGGGGACCCUGGAGGAGAGGAGGGGUCCUUCAUUUGGGUGGAGAGAGCAGCCCUCAGUGAAGACUGGGAGGAGCUCUUGAUGGAGGGCUUAGAAGCACCCCCAGGGGCCGGCUGUGUGGGAGGACGCGAGGCUUUGAUGGGAGCACAGCCCAGAGGGAGUGAAGAGUCCUGGGAGGUGGAGAGGAGAGAAGUGGAGAAAUCAGAGGGCAUGGAAGAGAGGGCAAUGGCAGAAAAGCUUGGGGCAGAGCGGGGUGGGGCUGCUGAGGUGCCAGAGCCAGCCCAGGGAAGAGAGGAAAGCCAGGCAGAAAAGGGGGAUAAAGGCAGCCAGGGCCCUUUGCAGGCUGAGAGAGCAGCAGAGGAGGAACAGUGGGCAGUGAAAGGGAAGGAGAGUGAAGAGGCACUGGAAGUGAAAACAGGAGGUGAGGAAGAGCCAGACACCACGGAGAAGCCACUGGCGGCAGAGAAAAAAACAGAGGGCCCACUGGAGCCAGAGAGAAAAGGAAGUGAGCCGCCAUCAGCGGAGGAGAGAGACGGCGGAAGCUCCUUGGACAGGGAGUCAAAAACAAGCGAGGAACUAUUGGAAGGAGAGCCAGGAGGCGAGAGCUCAUUGGAUGAAGAAACUAAAGGAAGCGAGAAACUAUUGGAAGGAGAGCCAGGAGGCGAGGAACAAUUAGCAGAGGCAGAGAAGACCCCAGGCGCCAAGGAGGAGGUGAGUCCAGGAGAGCAAGGCAGAUCCAAUGAAGGAGCAGGGUUUCGGGUGGAGGACGCCAGCCAGCCAGGGACCCCUCUUUGUGUCCAGGAGGAGCCCACGUCAGAGGAGCAAGGACUGCAGGGCCUGGAGAAGCAAGAAGGACCAGUGGAAGAGACAGCCAGGGAGCCUCAGCCCUGUGCUGAGAGUGAGGAUCCUCCCGGGGAUGCCACCCCCCUCUUGUCAGAGACCCCAGCCCCGGAGCAGCCUGUGGAAGGCCAGGCACUGCUCCAUCAGGAGGUGUCCAGCACCAACCCUGGUGACCACCCUGCACCUACCUAUGCACCUGCCCGGCAGCUUGAGGUAGCUGAGGCCAAAGAGGCUGGUGGCCCUAAGCAAAAGACGUGCCAGUGUUGUGUGGUCAUGUGAGCCGACACCUGCCGCCCAGCACCCUUUUCCUCUCACAGCUACCUCGCUGCCUGGCAUCCAGCAGAAGGUCCCAGGCACAGACAGGGUACCAUAGGACUGGCAGUGGUACCCAGGAGCCAGCAGCCCCUGUGUUUAUUCACACCUGGGCUUUUAGAUUCCCUGCCCACUGCCCGUGGCCCUGACUCCCUUCUGCAAUGAAGCCUUUAUACUUGAAAAUUAAAUGUUAAGGCAA